AUGAUACACGCGGUACUCAUCUUCAACACCUCGGGCGUGCCCCGGCUGACGAAGUUCUACUCGCCGAUCGAGCACUCCGCGCAGACCCUCGUCGAGCGCAUCUACGCGCUCGUGUCCUCGCGCCAGCCCGGGCUCUGCAACUUCCUCGACGCGCCCGAGCUCGAGCCGUUCCUCACGCCCAAGGGCGGCGCCCCGGGCGAGAAGCUGCGCGUCGUGUACCGCAGCUACGCGACGCUGCACUUCGUGUUCGUCGUCGACGUCGCGGAGAGCGAGCUCGGCAUCCUCGAUCUCAUACAGGUCUUCGUGGAGUCCCUGGACAGUGCGUUCGAGAACGUGUGCGAGCUCGAUUUGGUCUUCCAUUUUGACGAGGCGCACCACAUCCUCUCCGAAAUCAUACAAGGCGGUCUCGUACUCGAGACGAACGUGAGCGAGAUCGACCGCGCAGUGCAAGAAGCCGCGCGCGCACGCAAGGAGUCCUUCGCCUCCGCGAACCCGCUUUCCCUCGGGGGCGGCGGGACUGUCGGGUCGCGCAGUGCCGGUGCCCUGCAGACGCCGCUGGGCUGGCUCGCGGGCAGGCUCACGGGCGUCGGUGCACGCUAG